CCUGUACAUCUUCACGACAUAGAGAGUCCUAAAGAGGAAAGCCCCAACCACGAAGGCUGCAGCCCUCACACGACAACUAUAACGAUGAAAGCACCACCAGGAGCUAAGUGCAGAGUCGUUGUUGUUCCACAAAGCUGGAGCUCGUCAUCUCCAGGGAGAAAUCAUGCCAUUCUCAAGAAUGUUGCAGCCAAGCAGGAGGAUGCAACGAACAAGAAAGCAGAAGUCGAUAAUCCUCCAGUACCCCUACCACCUUCUCAGCGCACCGUGAAGAUACGGCUUCCAGAUAGACGUUUGUGGCGACAGGUAUGCAGGUCACGCGCGACGUACCAGGAGGACUUGGAGUUCGACAAAAUAGGUAUCGCUAGACACGAAUACUCUGAAAGUGAAGAUCAAGAAAGUUCCUCUGGUGCUGGUGCUACUGGUAUUAAUGCGAAUGAUGGACAUGAUGGAGCAGGGUCGGAUGUGGGGAUGCCAGAGGAUUCGAACCGACAGGUAGGAGAGGGUGUGAAAUCCGACGUCGAAAUGAAACACCACGACAACAAUAAGGGUAGAAACAGUACUACUACAACUACUAGACGACGAGUGAUACUAAAGAAAGGCCCCAACGGGGGGAAAACACUCAAAGAAGUGAACAAGGAGCUAGAGCAGAAGGAGGAAAGCCAUAGCGGGAAGAACAGCAGCAAACGUCGCGGU